AUGGCAGGUUCUACCGCUGUCACACCAAUUCGAACCAACACUACUCGGUAUAAGGGAGAGUGUAUGCUUCACCAUACACUCCUCCAAAAGCCCAUUGAUGUAACGAACACCCAUGAUAGGUUGCAAAUGUUGCCGGCUUUAACGUUUGGCAAGAAACCAGUGAGACAAACGGUCGAUCUUCGCCAGCAGGACACUAAGACCGCUACCUUUUGGCCUUACGGGAACUCAUAUCGUGGCGGGCAUAUUCCUUCCUCCGAGUGUAAAUCUGAUGAAUUCCUACGGUCCAAGCGCAAUAGUGAAAUCAAGCGAAAUUUCGAGCGCUGGGUGCGCCAGCAAGCAGAAUGGCGCUCAGACGCGCACGCGACAUCGCAUCGAUCAAUAAGCUCUUAUAUUUCAAAUAGUAUUCCAGGUACAGACGAGAGAACCAAUCAGGUCAUCCCGUUGUCCACAGUGUGUCUACCUGAACCAUUUUCGCAGCGGUUCCCACGGCGCUUUGAGCUGGUCGAUCCCAUGGUAAUCGUGCAGUUGAUUUCAAACACACUGGGAAGGCUGGCGUUCUUCAACGAUAUGACAUUCCGCACGAGAUUUAACGUUACACGUUUUCACUCGAAUAGAGCCCCCCAAAUAUCCGCCUGUGAGUACCUGAGACGCUUAACGCAUCGGCUACGUCUCUCGUCUCCAAUACUAGUGAUGAUGGUUAUCUACAUAAGACAACUCUGCAAAACACACCCCACGUUCGAUGUAUCGAGCCUUACAGCUCAUAGGCUUCUUCUUAGCUGUGCCUUAGUAGCCAGCAAGAGUAUAAGUGACUUUGCCUGGCCCAACCAAUCAUUUGCUUCCGCGGGUGGUGUUUCUGCUGCAGAAAUGGCAAUUUUGGAAUUGGAGCUACUGAAAUAUCUGGAAUGGGAUGUUGCGCCACAUCAGGAACAGCUGUCAGAGUGUUAUGUUGAUCUUGUCCUCGGAAGUAAUGGAUACUUGGCAGAGCAUGAAACGACCGCAGCUGGGCCUUCUACUGUCGAGUUUGAACGUGAUUGUAUAUAA